AUGCAAGUUUUUCUAUGUUAUCUCAUGUUUGUAUUAGGUGUAAACUCAUUAGAGUUGGAUAUUGUGAAAAUCAUUGAAACGUUAGUUUUAUUUUCGAAACUUUUUCUGAAAAGCCUUCUCUGAUUUUAGAAAUAUUGAUGAUAGUAUUGAUCCGUGUGAUGAUUUUUAUCGACAUGCUUGUAAAAAAGAUUUAUCAAAAGAUUCAGUUUUCCGUAAUUUACUCUCAAAAAGUUACGACAUAGAAGUGGAAAGUAUGGCAGGUAAAUAUCAUACGACAUUUUUUGCCAAUAUCAGUGAUUAUGAGGUAUGUUUGUACACAUGUAUGUUAUUUGACAUAUAAAAACAGUUUUUUUCUAGACUCUUGUGAACUCUCUGAAAAUAAAUGUUGAUCAAGAUGUGACCCUGGCUAAAUAUGAAUAUGUGGAAAAAUGUAUCAAUAACAAAACGGAAGCAAGAAAAAUGCUUCUGGAAUUGAAUGAACUAAUAUACGAUGAAAAAGAAGGUAAUUGCUGCUUCACGAAUAUUGCGUAUGAUACGAAAUGUGAAAGAGCUGCAACUAACUUGGAAAAGGGAAUUAAGAUAUAUCUUGAAGAAGCUUAUCCAGUGAGAUUUCAAUUUUCAAUAUGAACUAUAUAAUCAUUAUUUUAUUUCAGGAUGCCAAGGAAAAUUGGAAAAAUUAUUUGAAUUAUUUGGGAAACUUCAAAGCAUUUCUUUGGCUAGAUGCAAAUAGAAACACUUUUGAAAAAUCAAGAGAAAUAUUCAACAAACUGAAAGAGGAAGUUUCGGAAAUGAUAAAAGUUAAUUUCAGAAAAAAAUGUUGAAAUUGUUUAUAAAACGAUAUUUUCAGAAAACACCAUGGUUGAUCAAUUCAAAUUCAAUGGAAGCAUAUCUUGAAAUAACAAAUCAGUUGAUGGUUGAUACUAAAAUUUUAGUUCAAAUGAAUCGAGAUGUUGUGAAUGAGGUAACGGAACAAUUUCAAAUAUGUCGUCGGUAUGUGGUUAAUGUAUUUGACAAAUUUAAAAUUUGAAAAAAAAAAUUAUCAUCAGAUUAUCUUCGUCAUUAACAAGAAAAUACUGCUAUGCAAAAAUAGAAGUUCCAACCGUUUUUGAAAAAUGGAAUAGCUUCAAUGCUUUCAAUCUACAUCCUCAUUUGAAUUUGAAUAACCCUAUACUUUCUGCUUUAGGAUCUAAUUUGCCUCCUGCAAUAGAAGUAUGUUUUGAAACUAAAUAUCUAAAAAAAACUACCUCAUAUUUUACAGUAUGGAUUUGUUGGGGCAUUACUUGGCCACGAAUUUGGACACACUUUGAUAAAAAGUUCUCGUGAUCAUAUGUUUGUACCAUAUUUUUCGGAACAAGUCAAAAAUUGUGUUCAAAAUCAAUUCAACAAAAGUUGUGAGUAUUUUGCAGAGGUUUGUGAUUGAAAUAUUGAUUCAAAGUUUAAAGACAUUAUUUGUAAAAACGUAAACUUUACAACAGAGGCCCGGACAAAAAAGUCAUGAUCUCAGAAUCGGCCCAAUUUUUUUCUUAGUAAGCCCCAUGGGUGGGGAACUUUUUCCAGCAGGUUAGAGAUCAUGAUAUCGUUUCGCCAAUUUGGUGGGACCGGGUGAAGGGGAAAAUUGUUUUUCGAAAAAAAUUCGUAAGUCGGUUCAACGUUCAUAUUUUUUGAUGAUUAAAAAGCAUUUUGCUCGUCUUUUGACGCUCUUUGCGAUGGAAAAGAGCACGAAUUUCGAUACUCUAUCCUAAAAAAAUUUUUUUUUCGCCAUAAUACAACAUUGCUUAGGAGUCAUUUCCGCUCUUUCUAACCGCUUCCAAAAUGUUCCUCGUGCUUUUUUACCUAUAUUUAGCUACUUUCAAAAAAAAUCGCCGGCACCUAUCAACCUCGGAAAAUCACCUAAAAGGGCGCCACUCAAGCGCGCGCGCUCAUAUAACACACAUAUGUGCGUGUGUGUGUUUGUGUGCAUUGAAGGAUUACUGUAGGUGGAAGAAAAAGUUUAAAAAAACGACUUUCUCGUGGAAACUAUGCAAAUUACAAUGAAUAGUUCCCAAAAUGAAGUACCCCAAAGGCAUUUUACAUGCAAAAAUUUUCUUUUCGGACUUUCAAGGGGUUGGACUUUUUUUUUUGAUAUUUUUUAGCUCUGAACUUUGAAAAAUCGUAUUUCCACUUACAGUGGACAAAAAAUUUCGAAGAAAAAAGCAUAAUGGAUCUCAAAUAUCGCUCUAUUGACUGAGAAUAAGAGUUGUUAUAAGUAUCAAGUAUUCUAGUGCCAAUUUUCGAACUCUAGGUUUAAAGUUACGUACAGUAGUAUGUUAGAACUACUCAGAAAAUCAUCAUAGAUAGGUACUGCGCCUAGAAAAUCAUUCCGGCAAAUCUUCAGGCUUAGAGAGCAGCUCUGGCAAGGAUUCACGCCUAGAAAGAAAUACUGACAAGGAACUACGCCUAGAAAGCUAUUCUGACAAAGUUCGGCGCCUAGACGUUCAUUCUGGCAAGGAGUCCCGCUUAGAAAAAAAUCAUGGAUAGCUCUCAUAAGCGCGGCUCCUUGCCAGAUCAAUUGUCUAGGCGUUGACUCUUAUAAUAAUGGUUUUCUAGACGCGAAUCUUUGUCAGAUUUGCUUUCUAGACAUAGAUCCUUGUCAGUGUUACUUUCUAAGCGUGUUUCUAGGCGUUCUAGGCGUGAUCCUAGUGAAAGCUUCUUACUAGGAGCAGUACUUAGAAAUAGUGGCUAUCAAGACGUGGAUUCUUGUUCUAAUUCUUUGCCGUACCUCGUCUGGUGGUCUCUGAAAGCGCAACGACGUGAUGUAAAAACUCGCAAGGCGCUGUACCAAGUUAAAGUGGUUCUCCAGGCACGGUUGUUGGUCAUAGCGGCUUUUCUGGCGCAAAUAGUUGAAAGCGUAAGAGUUUUGGACAUUUUCAAAAAUUUCCCGUUAGCAAACUUUCUUCAAAUGUUGUUCGGACCCCUGAAACUUUUCCCAAAAAAUUAUUUUUUGAAUAAUAUUUUUUCCGCUGUGAGGAAUCCAUUGGCCUUUUUUCGCAGAAAUUACUACUCAACUUUACUCAAAAGUGCAGCCUGCAGAAAACACUAUUGAAAAUUGUUGUUGAUUUUUGCAAAAGAAAAACAUAAAAUCAAUUUCCAGUACCACUGGGGACCGGACACCUAUCAAUUUUAAUAUGCUAUUGUACGUAACUUCAAACGCAGAGUUUGAAAAUUGGCACUAGAACACUUGAUACUUCCUCUAACAAGGAAACCUUUUUACUCAAUACUUCAAAUCUUGACGAAAUUUUCUCCAUAGACAGCUUUUGGUGUCAUAUGAACACCCUAAAAAUUGUGUCUCCCAAUGGACCUCUGAACCAAGUUCUGGGCUCUCAAAAGUUCAAAAAUUGCCAAAAUUGGCUCAUAAAAUACAUCAUAACUGAAUUCUCGAUCAUUUUUAUGAAAAACUGAGUAGCAGAUGAUGUUCAGUGUUGUCGAUUUACCCAAAAAGCAUCAAUAAAUCAAAUUUUCAAAAAAAAUUAAUUUAUGAAAAAUGAAUGAGCAGAGGCACAUAUGAAUUUUCAUGAAUUUUGAGCCGAAAAAAAAAAUUUCAAAAUUUUUCGAAAAAAAGUUUUAUUGUUGUACUUUUAGUAAAUCGACUAUGCUGAUCACUAUCUGAAACUUUAUUUCUCCCACAAAUUAUUUUGAAAUGGAGCUAUGAUGACUUUUAUGAGCAAUUUUUAGCAAUUUUCGAACUUUUUGAGAGCCCAGAACUUGGCUCAGAGGUCCAUUGAGAGACUAAAAUUUUUAGGGUGUUCUUAUGACCCGAAAAGCUGUCUAUGGACAACAUUUCAUCAAGAUUUGAAGUGUUGAGUAAAAAAGGUUCCCUUGUAAAAACAAUUUCAAAAAUGUUUUUGUUUAUUCUGAAAUUUUCAAGUUUUCUAGGUCGAAAAAAAUUAUUUUUUAACAACUUUUUAUUUUCAGUCAAUAGAGCGAUAUUUGAGUCAAUAGAGCGAUAUAUUCCAUUAUGCUUUUUUCUUCGAAAUUUUUUGUCCACUGUAAGUGGAAAUACGAUUUUUCAAAGUUCAGAGCUAAAAAAUAUCAAAAAAAAGUCCAACCCCUUGAAAGUCCGAAAAGAAAAUUUUUGCAUGUAAAAUGCCUUUGGGGUACUUCAUUUUGGGAACUAUUCAUUGUAAUUUGCAUAGUUUCCACGAGAAAGUCGUUUUUUUAAACUUUUUCUUCCACCUACAGUAAUCCUUCAAUGCACACAAACACACACACGCACAUAUGUGUGUUAUAUGAGCGCGCGCGCUUGAGUGGCGCCCUUUUAGGUGAUUUUCCGAGGUUGAUAGGUGCCGGCGAUUUUUUUGAAAGUAGCUAAAUAUAGGUAAAAAAGCACGAGGAACAUUUUGGAAGCGGUUAGAAAGAGCGGAAAUGACUCCUAAGCAAUGUUGUAUUAUGGCGAAAAAAAAUUUUUUUAGGAUAGAGUAUCGAAAUUCGUGCUCUUUUCCAUCGCAAAGAGCGUCAAAAGACGAGCAAAAUGCUUUUUUAAUCAUCAAAAAAUAUGAACGUUGAACCGACUUACGAAUUUUUUCGAAAAACAAUUUUCCCCUUCACCCGGUCCCACCAAAUUGGCGAAACGAUAUCAUGAUCUCUAACCUGGUGGAAAAAGUUCCCCACCCAUGGGGCUUACUAAGAAAAAAAUUGGGCCGAUUCUGAGAUCAUGACUUUUUCGUUGUCCGGUGGGUUUUGCAGUUUUACAAAGAGUGUCUUUUAAGUUAUCAUAACUGUUUACAGGGUGUAUGCAGAACUGUCGAUUUUCAAUUCGAUGAAAAUGGAUCUGAUUUAGUUGGUGUUCCACUGGCUUACAAUGUUUUCAAACGCGAACAAUCUUGUGUAUUGAAUGUAAGAUGGUUUUUUUAAACAAGGAGCUCUUUUUUCACUCAACAAAAACUAUUCAAAACAAAAAUUUAAUAGAUUUGUCUGAUUUUGAAAAACAAGAGCCUCCUUGUUGUUUGAUUUUAUUUAUAAUCACAAUCAAUUUUUUUAGAAAUCAAUUCGUGGAUAUGAAUAUUGUUGGACACCGGCAAAAUUGUUCUUUUAUGCACAUGCCGCAAUGCAUUGCAAAGUAACUAUUAAAAAAUGUUCAAAAUGCUUUCUGUAUAUUAUUAUUUUCAGAGAUACAAGUUAAAUUAUAUGACUAGCGUACAUCAUUCAUCAAACAUUAGAGUGAAUGCAGUAUUAGCACAAAUGCCAGAUUUUGCGGAAGUUUUUCAAUGUGAUGCGAAAAGUAGAAUGAUGCGAUCAAAAAGCGUUAGUUAUUUGGAAAAUAUGUUAGAAAUAUUUUUAAUGAAAUGAACUUUUAGAAACAAUGCUUCAUUCAUGGCGAAGAUGCUCCAGAAACGUUUUUCUGA